ACGGCGUCACAGUUCCCAGCUUCAUCAACCGAUAGCCCCCGUUAUCGCGACCACUCUCAAGACACUCCAUCACCAUGCCUUCCGCCAAGUACAUCGAGCGCCCCGGUGGCAGCCGCAAGUCCAAGGGCUUCAUCCGCUCCACUUACGAUUCCCUCACCUCUUCCGAGAACGCUUCUGUCGUCCGCAGCAUCGCCUUCUUCGGCGCUGCCGUCGCCUUCCUCUCCAGCUCUUGGGGCGAGAUGCUCGUUGUGCAAUAAAUGCACACUUCAUCGCCUCUCCUCCACGCGACACCGACUUAGACUCCGACUCCGAGUUCGACCCGCUGUACUACUCUAAUACCCACGAACCCGGAUCCCAGAUGGCGGAAGCGAACGCGGACACAACGACUCUUGUAUGAUAUCAGAUGGGAUAGACGAAAAUCACAAAUGAACGGAUGUGUUUUGUUGCGCCCGACGAGCCAGUUCUGAAACAGCGACGCCACAGGAAAAUAUGAUAUAUCGUGAUUAGGGACCGGGACAAACAAAGGCGUUGACGGGCGACGGUUUCAUCUCUUCAAACUCAAUCCCCCUUGCGAUCGAGCGAUGCGAUGCGACUAUUUUCUUUACUCGACUGUCGGCCUAUGGGUCAAUCAAUGUCUGUGACAAGAGGAACUUGGGUCAGAUGAAUAGAUGAAUUCUGUCUUCGAUUCUUAGUCAUUGACUGGACCGGAUUGUCGCCUGUUGGUCUCCGCGGAUGACUGCCGUGUGGUCCAACGACAAACAGCUUUUAAUUUGCACAAACACCAAGGCU